AUGAGCAGAAUCACCACUCCAGCAUUCUGCCAGUCAUUCGUCACCUCUCAUCCAAUCAGAGCCGAAGGCGAUACAGGAGCUAUGAGAUCAGGUGGUGUUGCCGCAGGCGACUCAUUUAUCCGCCGCGAACAAGCAAUGGAGAAUGUAUGGGUCAGGCAGCACGAAGUAGAGAACAUUCAAAAGAUGAGGGAAAGGCUAGAAGCCCAAAGAAAACAACUAGAUCAAUUCGAAAGUCAUCUCGAAGAGAUGGAGAAGGCUGCCAAAGUACGGCAAGAGACCGCUCCAUCCCAAUGA